GUACAAGACACGGAUUCAGAUUUUUCUCGGUUUUUGUAUAAUUCUGUUCGGAGUAUACUGCAUUCUCACACUCUCUGCUCGACUGGGGACAUUCCCAUAGAGUUAAACCUGAGACCAAAUGGUCUCAAUUAUGAUCAAUUGCAAUGCAGGACACCAUAACCUAUUUCGAUGGCAGGUCAUUCAUCUUACCAACAGGGUCUUAUCCCACAAAUCCCUGGACUGCAUACAGAUAAACUUAUUCUGUCCGGCGGCUGUCUUCCGAUUUGCUCAAUUUAUGAUAAUAUGAUAUGGAUACUAUAUGAUAUGGAUACUAUUCUAUACUCGUGUCUUCUUUGUGCCAGUCCAUCUUCUUUUCUUUUUUCUCUUUCGCUAAUUGUUAUUUUGCCCUGUAUGUGUCGGCCCAGCUUUGGAUAUGUAACUACUAGGCUCGAGACGCAAUACUCUCAACAUGACUCGUCCAUUCCUGUCAAAGGAAGACCGCCCUGUUGCGACGAGAUUUCCAAACGUUCCGAAACAUCAAAAUGGCUCUCUUGGAAACUUCGUUUGCCCGGUUCUCUUUUAGAGGUUUUAGGGGAGGAAGACCCGAUUGUAUGGGUUCACGAACGCCCGACAUUGUCGCCUGCUUAGCGGGAUGCACGCUCAAAAGGUUCCGGCCGUGACUAAAUGGCGGGUCCCUGUCUGUUUGAUGCUAAACUAGGAAUUGCAGCUGUCAAGCCAAUGGAUCGCCCUAGAAACAAGACAAACAUCGUACC